CGUUGACUUCGGAGAGAGCGGCGAGGGGGGACGGCAGCUGCGGGAGGCGGUGGCUGCGACAUCAGUAGCGAUGACACGCGGCGGGAGGCCGGACUGAGGCGGGCAGGACGAGUCUCUGCGGCGCCGACGCUCGCGCCCUUCCUGGGGCCCAGCCCGGCUCCCCUGACUGGUGCGCCUACCUCCGACAUCAGCAGGGUCAGAAAAGGAAUCCCUUCAAGAUCAACAGGGAAGUGUCCUCAAUGCCAUGGAGCAUCAAAGCUCAGGAAAGGCCAAGCGACUGGCUACGUUGCUCUCAGGUCUGGUGGAAUGCAUGUGCUUUGCAGGUGUCAUUUUCGGAUGGGCAUCCCUGGUCUAUGUCCUCAAGGAUAUGCACUACUUCAAGGAUCUGUGUGUGCCAGUUGCCAAUCAGACAGCAAAUUCCUCAGUGGAUGGAGGUAUGGUCAGGGACGCAGAGUGGAGACUGCCGUGCCCAGGAUGAGCAGUUCUCCCUCAUCUUCACUAUUGGUUCCUUCAUGAACAACUUUAUGACCUUCCCGACAGGCUACAUCUUUGACCGCUUUGGCACUACAGUAGCCCGCCUGCUUGCCAUAUCCUUCUACACUACUGGCACCCUCCUUAUUGCAUUUUCCUCAGCUGCCACUGCUCUGAUCUUAUUCCCUGCACUGUCCUUGCUCUCUGUCGGUGGAAUCCUCCUUAUCCUCACUAACAUGCAGGUUGGGAAUCUGUUUGGAAAACAUCGGUCAACUAUUAUCACUCUCUAUAAUGGGGCUUUUGAUUCUUCCUCUGCUGUAUUUCUCAUUAUUAAGCUGCUGUAUGAACAAGGCCUUAAGCUGAAUACCAUGUUCCUCUUCAUCUCCGCCUGCAGUGUUUGGCACUUGGUCCGUACUUUCUUCCUGAUGCCCCGUCGCCAUAUUCCUUACCCACUUCCUCCAGGAUAUACAUAUGGACUGAGUUGCCACAGGAGGUCCCGUUCAUAUCGCACUUAUGAGGAACAGCGUUGCCCCAAGAGCCCAGAUGAGGAUGAAAUACAUAACUCAGAUAAACUGCAUGCUGACUCAGUGCUUGGAGAGGAACAUCUCACCACCAAAGUGAUUGCAGGAAAAGGAAAUCCUGGGGCUGCAUCAGAAAGCAAGAAGCCAGCCAUUAUUUCCUUCUGGAGCUGUGUCUUCUCCAAGCUAUUUUUCUGGCAUCUGGUGUGGCUGUCAGUGAUGCAGCUACGGCAUUAUCUUUUCAUCGGUACCCUUAAUCCCAUGCUGGAACAGUUGGCUGGUCAAGACUCUGAACUUGUGAGCAGCUACACCAAUGCCUUUGCCUUCACUCAGUUAUGUGGAGUCCUUUGUGCCCCCUGGAAUGGGCUUAUCCUUGAUCGUCACAAACGUGGACAGAAAAAGGAGGGGAAUUCUCAUGGAAUACCAGACUCCCUUGCAGACCUGCGUUCCUGUGUGCUCUCGCUGGCCAUCACGGUUCUGCAGUGCAUGGCAUUUUCCAUUUGUGCCUCCAUUCCAGUACUGCCUGUGCAGUAUGCUACCUUCAUUCUGCAGGUUCUGAGCCGCUCCUUCCUCUAUGGAGGCAAUGCUGCAUUUUUAGCUGUCGCCUUUCCUCUGGAACAUUUUGGGAAGCUUUAUGGUCUUGUGAUGGGACUCUCGGCUGUGGUGGCUCUUCUGCAAUACCCCUCCUUCACUCUCAUCAGAGGCCCUCUGAAGGGAGAUCCCUUUUAUGUGAAUAUUGGCUUCAUAGCCUUAAUGCUUCUGGCUUUGGUCAGCCCUUUGGUGGUGUAUUGGGAGUGCAAGAGACGGCAGAAGCAACAGGCUACACUGCACAAUUCAGACACUCCAGCCUUGACUGCAGGGAAGUCAAGCCUGGAAUCUUCCAUCUGAGCUCUUCAGCACACAGACUUUGGGAAAUGCUUCUAACAAAAGAGAACUGUGAGAAGACCUGAAAGGGAAUGGAAGAGCCAGGUGGGAGAGCACACCUCUUUUCAAGCCAGGCCACAAUAGACCUAAAAGAUGCUUAAGCACACAACUCCCUGUUGGAAUACAGCUGCAGUGUUCAAAAACAGAAUUUUCUAUUACUCCCUCUUAAUAUUGCAUUAUUUUUCUAGAAUUUAAUUCAUAUUAUAUUCCCCCAGUGUGGGCUUUGAGACGUUUUUUCAUUACCUUAAUUUCAUACUUUUAUAGAGCUGUUUUUUGGACUGUAUAAAAAUAGCAGAGGUAAAGCUAGUUCAUAUUUUCUGAUUAGAAUUUUUAAUGGGUCAGAAAAAGUGACUUGAAAUGGUCUUAAUAUUUUCAUCUCAUAACAUUUUUCAAUUACUUGAGGAAAAACAUCUUACAAUUAGAGGUGGGCAUGGACCAGAAAAACACCAUGGACCAUCAGCCUGUAGUCCGUCAUGUUUCACAGACUACGAACUUUUCACAGACCCGCCCCAUUCACAGACUGGUUCGUCAGUCUGUGGUCCAUCACUUCUGGGGGCCCUAGGACCACCCCCUUCACAGUCAGAGAUGCCACACUCUCAGGGAGGCUUCAGCAGGCUCUCCUCCAGCCACCCUCCAAUUUGGCCAAGAUUUCGUUUCGGAGGUCCAAAGCGGCCACCCCCAGGAAACUUCCAGUAGAUAUUAGGAGUUGCAAAUGCCAAUUGACUUGCAUUGGCUAACAGCACCAAAAAGUUGCAAUGAAGCAAAAUCAGACAGAAAAGGGUGGGGGAAGAACCCUCUCACUCACCACACAGACACCUUUUCAGCCAUUGCCUAGGGAAUUAAUUCUUGCUCCUUCCUCACAUAAAGAAUGGGAACUCUCUGGUUGGCAGCCAGAGCUGCCUAUCAAGGUUUUGAGGGCUAGGAUUAGUGUGUUCCAAGGGCUGCAGAAGGUCUGCGAACAUCCAUUCCAUUGCCUAGGGAAUUGAUAGAUUGGUGCCAGGAUGUCUGGACUCAGACCAUGGACCGACGGACCGGCCCAAAUGGACCAAAGUUUCUGAAAAACAUGAGUCCCACAAACUGUGUGUUUGCGAACCACGAACCGGGCUAGGCUAUGUCAAAUUUAGGUUCGUUUUGUGGACCGUGCUCACCUCUUGUUAUUAUUGUUCUUGGUUUUUUAAAAUGUGUGUUAAUUUUGGUUUCCAAAAUCCAAAGUGUAUACUAGAGCUUGAAGAGAAAGUCUUUGGAGUAAUAAAAACAAUAUUUUGUGAUAACUUUUUUUAAAAAAAAAUC